AUGGCCAGAGAAGACGUUCAAGAGUCAACAGUUAAUGAGUUAGAACAAGAACUGCAUACAGAACAAACUUCUUUUGAGUCAACAACCCCGGUUUUACCUAGGACUGAUGACAUUGAAGAAUAUGCUCAUUUGACUAGUGAAAUCGUCCAAGAAUUAUCAGUUAAUGAUUUAAAGCAAGUGUUGGAAAUAGAUGAAAAUUAUUAUGAAUCAACACCACUGGUCUUAACUAGAACUGAAGAAACACAGAUGGCUAGAGAAGACAUUCAAGAGCCAACAGUUAAUGAGUUAGAACAAGAACUGCAUACAGAACAAAAUUCUUUUGAGCCAACAACUUCGGUUUUACCUUGGACUGAUGACAACAAAGAAGAAACUAAAUUGGCCAGUGAAAAUAUCCAAGAAUCAUCAGUUAAUGAUUUAAAGCAAGUGGUGCAAAUAGAUGAAAAUUAUUAUGAAUCAACACCACUGGUCUUAACUAGAACUGAAGAAACACAGAUGGCCAGAGAAGACAUUCAAGAGUCAACAGUUAAUGAGUUAGAACAAGAACUGCAUACAGAACAAAAUUCUUUUGAGUCAACAACCCCGGUUUUACCUAGGACUGAUGACAACAAAAAAGAAACUAAAUUGGCCAAUGAAAAUAUCCAAGAAUCAUCAGUUAAUGAUUUGAAGCAAGUGAUACAAAUAGAUGAAAAUUAUUAUGAAUCAACACCACUGGUCAUAACUAGCACUGAAGAAACACAGAUGGCCAGAGAAGACGUUCAAGAGUCAACAGUUAAUGAGUUAGAAGAAAAACUGGAAAAGGAUUACGAGUCAACACCACUGGUUAUUUCUACAAUUCAAAACACUGAUAACAAAACUCAGAUAGCCAGAGAAGAUGUUCAGGAGUCAUCAGUUAAUGAGUUAGAACAAGAGUUCCAAACAGAAAAAAGUUAUUAUGAAACACUACCGCUCAAUGUAUCCAAUUUUUCUACCCAGGCCCAGAAUGAUUUAACAACGAUUAUUGUGUCCACCACACCAACGAAUGCUCAAGAUUUAAACUUACAAGAAUACACUGAAGACACAGUUAUAUCUGAAGAAGGGAGAGAAAUAAUCAGUCAAUCUCAUGUUGCUGAAGAAACAUCAGAAAAACUUCAUGAAAUAGAUUUAGUUGUUAAAAAUAAAGUUGAUAUAUCCUCGAAAACAGGAAGGGAAAACAGUGAAGUAUUGAUAAACAACUGGAAGAACAACUUAGAUGUUGUUACAGGAUCUACUGAAAAUUGGGUUUCUACAGAAUCUACUACUUAUGGUUACGACCAGUCUUCUAAUGAAUCCUCAACAUCUUAUUUCAUACACACAUUGAAAAGUAAUGAUAAUGGAGUAAGGUUUGAAUCUGAAGUUGAAAGUUCUACAGAUGACCAUAGUAUAUUAUUUGUAAAUGAAGAAGUUCCAUAUUAUGAUACUGAUGAUGAAAUCGAUCCAAUAACAGAAAAAAAACCAUUAUGACCAUCGGGUAAAGAGGUCUUUAGUCGUAAACGAAACAAGUGGUAGUGUAAUCAACAGAGAAAAAGUGUUAAAUUUUACCCAUGAAAUGUCAGGAAAGCUUAAAAACACUUUCAAAGGAGUUGAAGAAUAUAAUAAUGAAAGGUCUCAUGCUUCUGUCAUAUUAGAACUUUUGCCCUUAAUUCGAGAAGGAUAUAAAAACAAUGCAUUCAAUGAACACGACAAAAAAGCUAUUUCUUCUAUAUUCGGAGAUAUAAAAAGUCUUAAAGACGGAAAAUCUCUUCCUGUAGUCACUGACUUGUCAAGAGAUAUGUUCAUGGGAGAUGAGACAUCAAGAUCUGAUGAUGUGAGUGACUAUUCAGAUGAUGAAUAUGAACAAGAGCAGGACAGGCUUAAAAGAUCUAAGGAUGUUAAAAUGGUGAGUGAUCGUAUUAGAAAGUUCCCAAGCAGAGUUAAAAGAACAAUAAGCUCACCUUUCUUACAACAGAAUGUUAGAAAAAUUCGUUCAGCUGGUCCUCAAAAAGUUUCUGAAGCAGCUGCAAUACUUGCUCUUCUUGCUGAAGAAGGAGGAGCUGUCCAGCUUGACUCACCUGACGAUUAUGAUGAUGACGAUUCAUACGAAUAUUAUGAAGACGAAGAGGAGGACCUGUAUUCUGAUGAUAAAGAUGAUGAUGAUGAUGAUGAUGAUGACCAAUUCUAUGAUGAUUAUGGAGAUGCAUCAUUUACAGAACUAAUUAGACUUGCCAAAAAACACCGUGAGCGGAAGGCAAAAGAGCAGUGAAUUUGGUUAGAUUAAUAUUUAUAAAUAUUGAAAAGACUGUGAUUUAUGUUUAAUGACCCAGCAAAAAUAGUUGCUCUUUUAUCUGUAUAUAUUGUACAGUAACCACUUUCUUGUAUCCUUACUAGUAGGUUUCUCAAGUGAUUUGUAUGAUAACUCUUGUAAAUAUUAUAAAAGAAUAGGUUAUGUACUAUUUCAAAUAUUGAUUAUUAAUUUUUUUUUAUUGUUAUUACAACUGAUGAUUCAGUAAUUAAAGUAAUUUUUGCAUAAAUAUACUGUAUAUAAAAUAAAAAGCGCCAUAAAGUAAAUUGCAGAACUCUCAAAUUAAUAAAUUUGAAUUUAUUAAUCUUGGAAUGAUUUUAGAGCUUCCUGUAAGUUCAAAGAUGUAGACCAAUUAAAGGAAUCAUAAAUUAUGUCAAACAUUUCAUGGGCAUUUCGAUAGUUGGUCAAUAAAUAAGGAUAAUAUAGUAUUUAUUUUAAUGUUUUCAUGGUGAAGAAAAACAAUUUUGUAAACUAAAUUCAAUCAAGUGGAUUUACAAAUAUAAAAUAAUAUAAAUUUAACUGGAGCAUGAUGAUUCAGUUUUAAUUAUUAUAAUUUCAUAGCAAACCACUUUUAUUUGACAAGUUCAUCUAGAAUUUAUAGACAUUACAACACAUUAAAUUCGCAUUAGAUUUUUACAAAUCUUUUAGUAAUUUUAGCCAAUUCUUCUGUUUAUCUCUCUAAAUGUUGUAUUGGUUAGCAAAAUAUUCUAUUUUUACUUUAUAAUAUAUAUGUACUGUAACAAAAUGUGUGCCAUAAGUAAUAACUCUUAUGUCACAAAGAUAAUUUUUAAACAUUCAAAUUUGAUGCCUUUACUUAUUUUAAUUCUAUGAUUUAUAUUUAUUGUUUUUGUUUGUGUAGUGAUUAUUUGUGCAAUAAAAUUAUGUUAUGUGAAUUUUAUAUGAAAUACUAAAGAUCUUAACAUUUAUAGCUUUGUAAUAAUUGUUUUAUGAGAAAAAUUACUGACUGUACAUAAAAUGUGCUGUAAUAUGACUUUAACAUUAAAGCAUUUUGUUAUACAAAA